GUAGGACGCUCUUCUUUAUGGACCUUAGGGGCCCGAUUGGAUCUCCAGCCUUGAUAGGCAUUUCCUCUCUUCUGAGUCUGUCGAUCCGGAGCAAUCUGCUUCGGAUGGUCCUGAACUGUGUCGGCCAGGCGGUCGUCUGGUUUCAAUUGACCGAUUUCUACGUGUACAUCAGACCUCUGCCGGGUCAACAGUGGCACAUCUCGAGGGACAUUGUGGCUGCCACUCGCGUGCUCUUCUGGCUGGUGGCUUCACUUCUUUUCUAUACCAUGGACUUUGACCGUGUUCGAGGGAGAUGCACGAAGUUGGAAGCCCAAAUGCUCCGCCAGGGCUACUCUGGCAUUGAAGAUGCAGAAUGUUCACAAGAGGCCGAUGAGCGAGCCAUUCGCAGCGAGAUUGGCAAUCAGGUUGAUGCCGUGAACCAUGCCAUUGAGGUCUUGAUGAGCGCUGGCAUGUCAACGCCAAAGCUCCGGGAGCUUGCUCAUGCAGGGGUGAACAUUAAAGGUGCAGCGUUUUCUGAAAUCACUGGACCGGUGCUCUUGCUUGGCCCUUUUGGGACACUGGUAGCUGUGGAAGCUGCAAUGACGUACAUGCUUGAGCAUGGCGAUGUUCUCAUCGUGGCGAUGGUCUUCGUGGUCCUCCUUGGCAUUGGAGGGACGGCGAAACUUCCUCGUGGGCUAGAUGUGGUACAGUUCUUUUUUGCCAGAGAGAGGCUUGCCUGCCACCUCGCAGAUGGGAGUGACGGCUCGUCUGACGAUGAGGGCUCUGGCUCGUUGGACGGCUCGUAG